CUAAACUUUUUUCUAUAUCGAUACAUAUCGUAUUUAAUUAAAAUUGUAUUAAAUAAUUUGUUUAAUUUUGUUAUAUUAUAAAAAAUAUAUUAACUUCUAGUCAUGAUGUUAUAUAGAUUUAUCGUAAUAAAACUCAAAGUGCUGGUAUUGUGGUGGUGUUAAUGUGUCGAGCCUGUUAUUGUUUUGGAUUGAGUGUAUCCAGUAAUAAUUGCAAACUAUUGUUAUUGAGGUAGCAAUAUGCACGAAUUGCUAAAACACGUUCUCACCGAACGAGACCUGACCCGGGCGGGGGAUAUAUUUGCCAUUACUGACACUGAUAUUGUGAAUGAUUUAAAUGAAGUGCUAAAACAAAUAACCGAAAUAUCUUCACGUCCCGACUACAUCAGGAAUGAUCGUGACCAAGCUCUGAUAGAGAUAUGUGUCACUAGAGUGACAUCAUGUAUAAAAGAGACAGGGACUCUUGAGAAGUAUUGCAGUGCGCUGGUGUCACUUUUAGAGUCAUGUUUGCAUCACAACUUGAUGCCAGUUGGACAUCUACGGGAUGAUGAUCCACCGCAUGCCAAAAUUGCAUCUGAUGUUAUAGCGUGUAUAGUUUUGGUGUCAUUUCCGCUCCAAUCAGACAAAGAAGCAAGUAGCAACACAGCCGUGAUGGAACUAUUUCUGCCUGUUGCUGUGCAGUUUUUACACAAAGGAAACCGGGAGAUAUCGCGGCAUAUGGCGCGAUAUUUAUCCCUUGCCGCCGUCCACCACGCUCCGUUGCUGAAACCUCAUGUGCAGACCAUAAUGGACUCUAUAAUGUCAGGCAACUACCCCCUUUGCCGGAUACUGACAAACUUGUACGAAGUAUGCCCCGAGCCGCUUGAGGGGCAUGUGACGGCACUCGUGUCUCUGCUUCCCCACGCCGAGCCUGUAGAAAAGAGCUCGCUGUUCGCACUGCUGGAGCAGAUGGCGGGGCGCAGACCGGCCGCGCUCUCAACCGCGGUGCCGCAGCUUUUGUCCUACCUGUGCGCGAGCGACGCGCCGCAGAACGACCCCUCAUGCAUGUGCAUUCAUAUUUUACAGGUGAUAAGUAUAGUGAGCCGCAGCCGACCCUCGCUAGUGGUGGAGCAACUCGGCGUCAUUAAGCGCGCGUCUAGGGCGCCACACGCCAGCCGCAAGAGCCACACGAUCAUCGCGAGCAUCCUGGCGCCCAUCGGGUAUACCAGCAGGGAGCGUGCUCAAGAGGCCCUCAACUUUAUAGUGGAGAAACUUCACGGCGCUGAGUGGUCCGAGCAGGCCGGGCUCAUCCGCGAGGCCACGGCGCUCUGCAGCGCAUACCCUGCCUUGUUCACUGACAGACUGCUGGCCGCUCUCAGAGUGAACAAUAAUAACCGGCCGAAGACGGUCCACGGCGACGUAAAUCGGACGUCGGGCGGUGUCACCAUUGUCAAGCUCGGGGGACAGAACACGGGGGCAGGGGCGCAGGUCACGGGGACUGCAGGCUCCGGUGGGGCGCCUGCCAAUGGGACUCCCACAGGCCCAGCGAGUGGUGGUACUGGAGCACCAGUCAGUGGGUACACGAGAAGAGCUAAGCUGGGUGACUCGCGGAGCACGGGAAGACUGCACCCAGGACCUAACUCCCACAGGAGCAUGACGCGACUCAAUGUGGCAGGCGGGUCAGUGGGCGGACUGCACAAGAGUAUGACGCGGCUCUCCUCGUCGCAACAGAUCAACGCGCUCAAUACUAACGGAGUAAGUAACAGUAAGAGUGCCGCAGUUAAAACUGGAAGCGGCGCUAGUGCGGUCACGAAUACAACGACAGCCACGUCUCCUCUGCAAAGCCAGUCUAUCUCAGUAAACCCGCUGACGUGUACGGGCAAGUCAGCAGACACCCUCACACCUGUCACGUCAUCAGUGUCCAUCCAGCACUCCAACACAGCAUUGGGUCAGGUCUCCGUGACCACGGGCCCCAUACUGACUCAGAUUGGGACCAACUCGGUCUCGAUCACCGGCCCCGUCACCGUGACGUCACGCCGGGCCAACAACACCAGUGUUACCAUGAUCAAUUCUAACGACACUUCCAACCAUCGGAUAAGCGUUUUUGAGCCUUAUCCCAUGCGAGAUACGGUCCAACAUUUCUGUGAGAAGCAUUUGGACAAAAUUAAGGCGUACAUGGAUAUUGUGUCUUUGAGGAUACCGCCGCCCGCCAAGUGUACUAUAGAAGAGCGGCGCUCCAAGAAGCAGGCGCGGUUGCAGUUCUCGUGCGGGUCGCGUGGGCCCCACUGCCUGUUCGCGCGGUCGGCCUUCUCCCUGCGCACGCGCGCGCCGCGAGUGUGGAUCCACCUCAUGUUCCUGGCGCUGCAGGCGCGCCAUGCGGCGGCGCUGUCCUCGCGGGACCCCACCGUGGCCAGCCUCAAGCACUGCUGGGACAUCCUGCAGUGCGAGAACAGGACCUUCCUCACGCUAGUCACGGGCGCCUUCCCGGGCCUCAAGGAGCAAGACAUGGUGGUGAACGAGCUCCGCGCGGCCGGCUUCUUCGACGUGUUCGAGGUGAACAGCACCCGGGAUGGCGACAGCGUGCCGCCCACUCACGCCACGUGGGGCUGCUUCCUGUGCAACCACCCCGAGCGAGCCGUGGGCUUCCUGGCGGCCGACGGCCAGCCCGUUAUCGAGGGCCAGCUCAAGGAGAAGAAGGGCCGCUGGCGCCUGUUCCGCAGGUGGCGCACCAGGUACUUCACGCUCUCCGGCGCCCACCUCUCCUGCAAGGGCUCGAGUGGCGGAGAGAGUAUAGACAUAAACCAGAUCCGGUCGGUGAAGGUGUCCCGCGGCGCCCGCAACAUUCCCAAGGCGUUCGAGAUCUUCACGGGAGACCAGACCCUCAUCCUCAAGCCCAAGGACGGCAAGAACGCCGAGCAGUGGGUGCAGUGCCUCAGCAUCGCGGUGGCGCACUCACAGGCCCGUGACACGCCGGCUAAGGCCAACAGCUUGCCGGCUAGAGGCCUCACGCUUAAAAGCUUUUGACUUAAUCACGGUAAACCAAUUCCGGCUCUUGAUUACAGUACAAACAUAUUAGACACAUUUAAAUAGUUACUUAAGAAAUUUUUGAGGUUGUAUCGCGUGUUCUUUUUUAAUGUGGGGAUAUUCAGUUAAAAAAUCCAACAGAUUAAUUAAAUUACUAUUCUACUAUGUUUAUUUCAUUAUUAUGAGGAGGGGACCGUAGGGGCACCUUCGAAUAGAACGACUGGGUUUUCAACGGCUCCCGACAUUAUGUCGCCACGACUUAAAUCGCUCACUCCGCUGUUGACACUGUGUCGCCACAAGAUCCUUAGUGAUAUUGGCUCUCUAUGAGAUCCGAUAUGUCUGAACAGUUACUAUUUAAGUUUAAUAUAUAACUGUAGAAGCUUUAAACAAUGAAAUGAUAAGAUUUAAGCAGGUUAGCAUAUAAUGCAUGCAAUGACUGCUCUGGACUGCAGUAAUUCAAAUCAAAUCAAAUCAAAAUCAGUUUAUUCAAGUAGGUCACGAAAAUGACACUUAUGAAUGUAAAAAAUAAUAUUCUUGUUAUUGAAUCUACCGCUACUUCGUAAAGGGUUGAGCUAAUGAGAAGAAGUAGCAAGAAAAUUGCCACUCUUUUAUAUCAAGAUUUACAGAUCAUUUUAAUUACAAUAUAAUAUGUAAAAUGAUGCAACAAACACACUCAAACGUCAAAUAGUCAAUGUCUUACACGAGUAAGUCAAAAAAUAAAUGUAAAUUAAUAUAAAAGUUAUUGAGUACAGUAUCAUCCACAUACACCAUAAAUCAAUAAAGGUAUUCUGUGAGCAUUUUAUAAGCGAUUAUAAAUAAAUAAACAUGUAUAUAUCCAUACAUAUAUUCAAUAAGUGAUCAUCUUUUUUUUCUUUGUUAAAUAACCGAUGUAGUGUUUUAAUGAAAUAAAUAUUUUUUAACGCAAAACAGAUCAGUAGAAUAUUACAAUUAAGGUAAGGCCUACAAAUCGAUUGAUUGAUCUCCUAUUUGGCAAUAUUCAAUCACAUUAAUAUCUGUAAUUUCUUGGCCUAUGGACUUGCAUCCCGUGCCACUAAAUAAAUUAAAAAAAAAUAAUCUCUGUAGUGUGGAUUGAUGUACAAUGUACUAAAAGGUUGUAGGGACUUCCCGAUAUUUAAUAAUGUUAUGAAUGAAACAUAAGUCUGUAUUGUUCAAUAACUUGAUACGAAAAAGAGUAACGGGUGAACAAGAUGUAUAAAUCCGCACUGUAAAUAAGUAAAGUUUAUAUGAGAGCAGUUAUAUAUAUAAACUAAUAACUUAAAAUAGUACAUUAUCAAUGUAGAAAUAAAAAUCCCCGAAGAUAGGAGCGACCAGCAACCACCAGCAGCGCCUGUUCACGAGCAUGACGCAUGGACCAGUCGCCGCUUCCCUCGCACUUAUCUUGGGAAAGGCAACCCGCCCCAGGACGCUGCCACUAGCAGUGCCAUUUAAUCGAGCAUAAAAAGCCCUGCUCUUUGAUCUUAACCAAUAAACCUAUAAGAUGUGUGAUAUAUUUGCUCAGGAAAUACCUCCACUCACAAUAUUGUAUGAUAUUAGCUCAAUUAAACAGUUAGCUAGCCUGUGACACCCUAUGUCUUUUACUACUAGAGUAGGUUAAGGGUAUAAGGUUCAAAAUUGGAUGAAACAUCAUGGGUGUGAGUUACUUAUGUGGUUAUCUAAAGCUGUCCGCCGCACUACAGGUUGAUUUAUAAUAACGUGACUUAUUAUUAUGUUAGAUAUAUUGUGUACUUAUUGAAUGCAUUCCCUUUUCUAAGUCAAGUGAAAUUUGAACGUACUGAAGACUGAUACUUUGAAAGUUUUCGCACUCAGAUUGUAUUAUUUGUAAUUUAUUUAUGCUUGUUGUUUUGCCUUUAACGAGAAUGGUGAUAAAACAAUAUAAUAAAUAUCUAAUUCAUUCUUAUAAAAAUGCAUUUUUAUAUAAUUCAUAUGCGUAAAGAGUUUCAGUAAAUCUAUGGUAUUGUACUUAACACAAUGAGAUUUUAAUAUAUAUGUGGUAGGUAUAUUAUCUUUGGGGGAGCCCUUUGUCCAGUAGUGGACGCCUUUCGGCCGAAAUGAUGAGACAUGUUGUCAAAGCCGUGAUAUUAUAAUUUCACUCGUGAUAUUGCAAUCAAAAUCAAAUCAAAUCAAAAUCACUUUAUUUAUGAAGGUCAUAGAAAUGACACUUAUGAAUGUUUUUAUUAUUAUUAUUGAAUUUACCGCCAUUUGGUAAAGGGUUGAGCUAAUGAGAAGAAAAGGCAAGAAACUCAUUGCAACUCUUUUAAAUCAUGAUUUACAUGAUAGUGUACCCGUGUCCCGUUACCUUGUAACUAAAACCAUUGUAAGAAAUGAAGUAAUUGACAAUCUAUCGGUUAAUUACACUGUCACUAGUGAAAUUGUAAUAUCACGGCUUUGACAAUAUACCUACGACAUAAUUAGUAAGUUUGUAACUGAUGUUAAUUAUAAUAUAUAAGCAUGUACUUAAUAUGUAACCAUGUUGUGAUUAUUCGUCCAAUAAUAGUUUCGGUUGUAUCAAUUUUCGAUGUCGGUUUUUUGUGAUUUUUAUGACAAACGUAAAGACAAAUUUUGUAAAGGAAGUACAAUGUUUUUUAAGUUUUAGGUUAAUCUUUUUAUAAUGAGUUAUAUAUUUUAAGAUGUUAAUAAUUAUUAUAUUUUAUUUGUAUAUAAUGUUUGAGAUUAUAUGGUCGAACCGUCGUCGAAGACUGAGUGCUGGUCAUAUGUAUUACACCUAUUUACUAUUACUGCUUGUAUCAACAUGAAUAAGAAACUGCCAAAAUCAAAUCAAAAUCACUCUAUUCAUGCAGAUCACGGAAAUGACACUGAAUGUCAAAAAACAAAUUUUCUUGUUAAAUUUACCGCCACUUCGUAAUGGAUUGAGCUAAUGAGAAGAAGUGGCAAGAAACUCUUUUAAACUGCCACUUGCCACUCUUUUAAAUCAAGAUUUAUAUUUUGCUUCGUUUUACAAAUUAUUUUAAUUACAAUAUAUGUAAAGUGAUGCAUUAAAAAUACUCAAAGUCUUACACGAGUUAGUCAAAAAAGUAAAUGUAAAUUAAUACAAAAAAAGUUAAUGUAUGUAUAAUAGUUGCAUCGUCCACAUACACCGUACUUAUUUUAUUCAUACGCAAUUCCGCGCACUAAUUUUAUUCAUCAAUUCUAUCGUUAUUUUUUUUAAUCUGUUUAUUAUAUAUCAUGGUACCUAACUUCUAUAUUACUCACGGUACUCACAAGUGUAAUAACGCUGUUAGAAUUACAACUAAGACUAUCAAAUUUUAUUUUUCUCCAGCAGAUCUUACUAUAAAAUAGUAACUUAGUUUACGCACUACUGGCAACGUUUUGAAUCGAAAACAAAAUAAUUCUUAUUUCCAGCAAUUGUGAUUCUAUUGAGACACUUAAAUAUUAACGUAUUUAGGCUAUUCAUUUAAAAUAAACCUUUAUUUUUCACAUUUCAUUUCACCCAUUCAAUUAACAGAAACGACAUUCGUCUAGGUACCUCGGAUUUCUAGAUUUCCCUCAGAAGUCUUCUGUUUUAGCAAUGUAUCUUAAAACGAAUUUUUAACCGACUUCAAAAAAGGAGCAGGUUCUCAAUUCGUCGGUAUGUUUUUUUAUGUUUUUUAUUAUAUUGUCUCCAUAAUGUAUGGAAAGGAAUUAAAGAAAGGACUUUAAAAGUGAUAAUUUGAAUCGUAUAUGAAAUUGAAGUUUGAUUUAAAAAUAUUAUGAAGUUUUUUUUGUGUAUCAAGGCCGCACUCUUCUACGUCAUUUAGUUACAAUUCCAUUCGAAUACUGGUAAAUAAAAUGUGAAUAUAAAAUGAGUGACAUUUUACUUACUUAAAUUACAAUUACAUAGUUUUAAUAGACUAUUUUUUAGUUCUUAUUAAUUUUAUUAAAGACAAAUUAACGUUAAGUGUAAUAAAUAGAUAUAGUUGUCAAAUGACUUUAAAACAUGUAUCAAAUUGUUAGAUAGUGAGUAUAAGUUAAUAAUUAAAAUCGAAUAUUUAAAUGACAAAUUAUUAUUAAAUUAAUUCAACUUUUUUUUUAAGUAUGUGACGAUUAAUACUUAAUUUAUUGUCAAGAAACUUUUUACUAAACAAUUUUAACCAGGGCUGUCAACUUUUUCACAAAGUAUUAAUUAAUAAAAAAAUAAUAUCUUUUAUGCAAAAGUACUUACAACAAUUUUUACCUCUAACGACUUGUCACUUUGACAUUACUUCUUGAUCUCACUGAUUGGGAUGCGUUCAUAAAAGCCUGAGUUUUAUGGUUUUUGUGUUUGCUAAAGAGUAGGAAUGGUAUGUGCCAAAAACGAUAUGUGAAAAGAUUAUCUAGCGUACUCUAUUAGUGUUACAGAUUAUAAACCCAUCUGAAAUUUAGUAUAAUACUCUUUUUUUUAAAGCACGGUUGGCAACCCUGAUAGAUAACCUUCAAAAUGAUUCGUAUUGUUGAUUUUGAUCAGGGUGCAAAUUGUAAGUUUAUUGCUAAGUUUUAAAUGAUAGUUGGUAACACAGACAUAAGCUGUCAAGUAUGAGAUAAUUAUGGGCUUCUGACAAUUGUACAAGAUACUCUUUUUUUAUGGAAUAGGAAGACAAACGAGCGUACGAGUCACCUAGUGUUAAGUGAUCACCGCCGCCCACAUUCUGUUGCAACACCAAAGGAAUCACAGGAGCGUUGCCGGCAUUUUACUCUAACAGGUAUAUGUAUUUUGUAAAUAGGUACUUUUGUAAAAUUAACACAAAAAAUUCUUACUAAUAGAGUUUUCGUAGUUUCUAUAUCCUUCGCGACGGAAUCCUAGAAACCAAUUAAUGAUUUAUUUCAACAGUAUCGUCUAUAACUUUUGGUAAACUUCUUCAAAGAUGAUUCCUUAUACAGUAGAACUUCGUUAUGUUUAUAAGUAAUUUCUAACUUCAACACAUAUUUUCUCUUCACCUUUCACCUUUCUUCCACUUUUCUAAUGUUUUCGUUGUAUCAUCUCUCUAACUUAAAAUAGAGAUUUGAUAAAUGAAUCUAUUUAUACCUCUGCAAGUUUUAUAUUUUCUUACAAAAUAAUAGAAAAUGUGUUAAGUCGCCAACUUUUGAUUUAGUCGCGUCUUGUUUGAAUUACAGAGGUUCUUUUGUAGAUUUAUUCUAAGAUAAUAUACCCAUGUCACAGGCGCGUUUAUAGUAAAUUGGCGUUAUGGGGCACUAUGCUGAAGUGUUAAGGUGGAUUUGCAUCAUUUUCGCGCACCGCCGGAGUUUUACGCGCAUAUUCACAAGAAAAAUAUACAACGUUGUAUGUGUAUAUUAGUGAUUUGUUUUAGACGGCUAUAGAAAGCUUUCCUUGUUUUUUUGGAAAUCUAACAAGAGGUCCGAAUACAUUUCUGUUGGAACUCAAAAGUCUCUCUAAUUUUAAUAUAGAUAAAUGUGGAGCAUUCUGAACUUAAUUAUAACUUUCUCAGAAACAUGAAGGCAAUUUCUAUCAAUAGAUUAGAGCUUGCUCGCGUUCACGCAAAAACUAAACGAAUUGGAUCUUGGUCGUUACACGAAUUGAGAGCGCGAACUUAUGGCCACUACUGGAGCGGUAACGGAGCAUAGUGGAGACCCACCUUUAGAUAGUUAUCUUCACAAAUUCCACAUGACUUCCCUAUUGAAAGUAUAUAACACAGCCUUUCAAUUAGAAAGUGGCAGAUCCUUUGAGUUAGCAUUACAAUACAUUAGUAGCAAGGGUGCUACAAUAGUAUGAGAUUAUUAGUUUUUUCAACAGGUUGCCAUUAUUUAAGUAUUAAAACAGAUUAAGACUAUAGUUAAGAAUGUUAAAAUGAAAUUCUAGAGAAAGCUGAAUGUAAGUCACAUAAUUAUAUAAUUUAUUGUACUUAUGAAUAUGGUGCUAUUUAUAAUGAAAAGCCAGUGAGCUUGUGAGUAUGUUAUGUAUUUGUAUAUAAGCUGAUAUGACAGUUCAAUUUUGCCAAACAAAUAAAUUAUUUGUCUUA